AAGAGAUUCGUUGAUUGAACAUGAUAGCAGAUCAAGGUUCUAGUUUCUUUUCUCUUGGCAAAUGCCUGCAUCGGUUCAUUGCUUAAUGUUGUCUAAUGAAUGUUCAAAAUUAUGUAAAUUAAUUGGCUAAUUUUAGCUCAACGAUCUCUUUGAAAUGUCAUUGAGGUUUGAUAUUGAGUUACAUGAAAUAUGUUUCUGGAUAAAGUGCGCAUGCCGACAGUCACAUUCACAGUGAUUCAUUUCCGCAUUUUUAUGUAAGCGCUCAGUAAGUAAUGCCACAAAGAAAGAAAUUAACCUGUCCGGAAAUCUCCCCGGGACCACAUCUAGUCGACUGUCAAGGAAGUAAUCCUUUUGGUGGACGGCGUUUGAUGAUACAAACAAACGAGUACAAAGAAGUACUGCAAUCAGAGAGCUCUCCCGAUGCUGGAGACAGAGAAUGUGAAUCUGUCCCGAACUUCAGUGUAUCUCAGUCAGAAGCUGCGUUAGAGGACGAAGAACUCACGGAACUGGAUGGUCAGGACCUAGACGCUUAUAUAGAACAAGAUUUUGAGAAUGGUUCCAAUAAUGAGAUCAUUCAUCUGAAUCAAGCGAAUCAUCUACAAGACAAAAGAAAGAGAAACAAUUCUACCGAAGUAAAUAGAGCAACAACGAAGACAACCAACAGAUACAGUGUCUCUGAUGCUGGUGGUAAUGGUGCAUGUCCAAAAUCCCAUACAAUCAAAAAACGAGUACCAGAUGAGUCUCCACUGAAUGUAACUGAUGGCUGUGUUGAAAUUUGUGCUAUUAAACCUAGUAGCAAGCCGCUCGCACCUAGAACCUCAUUCACACGCACCCAUAGAAGAGUGCCGUCAAAUGGCAAUGAACCCGAAGCACACAGUGGUCAGAGUAAUGCCAACCGUACGGUUCAUGUUACAGAAGCGCAGAAAGGUGAGCUAAGGAAAAACAGAGUGACACACGAAGUAGAAAAAAAGCGCAUGAAAUGUAACAACGAUACGACAAAGAAAAUCAAUGGCACUGCUCAACCCCCCAGCAGUUCUGACAAAGAACAUGCCUUCGACUCUCAGAAGAUUGAACUCCUCAGAGCGUUCAUCAGUUCUCGAGCUUUUACUGAGAUCAACAAUACAUCUCAGUCAGACCACAGUGCCGACAGCGUGUCACAGAACUCUAGACAGAAGGCCAACACUGCCAGACUUCUUCAAAAUUUACUGACUUCAGAGGUAGCAAAAAAGCCUCUUAAAAUCAAUGUGAACACCAACGCCCACGGAGACCAGAAUUCCCAGCCCACGAUAGUCACACACAAUAAGCCAACCCACGGCAGUCAGAAGUUUUUAGUCCGCAAGGACAAGCAGUGGAACAACGGGGACGGCUGCGAGCCUUCUUAUAUUAUUCAUAUUGAAUCCAGGACUGACCAGUCAUCAGUUUGCAGCAAGCCACCAAUCGAAACGAGGAGAAGACGAGGUGACAUUGUUCGUAUGAAACGCCUGGAGAUAGCGGGGGAGGGGUCGCUUUCUACGCCCCACAGCAGACACAGCGAAAGUGAAAGUCCCCAUGGGAAAAGAUCCUCAGAAAAGACACAAAAUAACGACAGUCAGUUUUCCAACGAUGGACGUCAGCGUCCAAACAGUGAAACGGACAAAGCAGACCAUGAGAUUUCGUUGAAAUCAUCGGAUAGAAGAAGGGCGCUAUCUGACCGGAAAGAACAAGGUGAUCAUAGGUCAGUGAACCGCGCAAACUUUAAUUUGAGACUCAUCGACCAUCUCGAACGAAAGGAGACGUCUCCAAACAAUUCAGAGCCAUUGACUUUGAGAAAUGACGUGACGGCUGGCUCCGUAAAUAAAGUGACCAAAAUACCUGUGGUAUUUAAAGAGUCUAUCACGUGGAUCUCCAAACAGGCUUCUCCUGCUUCGGGUAGUGUUGGUAAAAAUCUUGUGCAUGCUCAUAACGGGAACCAGAGUAAACAUUCUUUAAGGAGCAAUGGAGAUAGAUGUCCUAAAUUUGACAUUGAUAUAUCAGAUAACUUUAAUGACAACUCCGAUACUAACAAAAUGUUACGCUCACAUCGACCACGACCUUCCAAUGGAUUAGAAAAAGAAAAUGGAAGCAAUAGUCCAAAAGUGACAAACGGAUCUCGACCAGGGCACAAAAAUGAUCGCGAAGAAGGCAAAGCAUACACCCUACCAUAUGUCAGCCUUCCGUGGGAGGUGAUGAGCUCCGUUUACGGUAAAAACUACGAAGACCUGCUGCCGUUCGUUAAGGUAACGCACGUGCGAGACGUGGCAUGUCAGUACUCACCCCCUUCUGAAGAUGAUAACCAGGAAGGUGAAAGGGUCCAUUUGGCGAAUCCAAAGUGUUCUAGAACAUUGCUGAAUGCUCAACAAGGUCAUCAUGAGACGAACAUAUCCGGAAACGCUGUUUGGUCUCAGGAAAGAGAAGAAAGCAAUUAUUUUGAAGAAGCAACGCACAAUGAAAUGACUCUGAGAGCUUCUGAUUCUGACAAGCAUAGAAAGUCUAUUCCCAUGGAAAGCUCGUGCUCUAUUAGCUGUAAAUCAAGACAUGUCGUAUCAAAAAGUGAAACAUUUGCUAAGAAACCAUCAAAACGGAAGAAAAACCACGUGUGCAGGAAAUCUGAGGGCAGGAUCCAUUCUGAACAAUCCAAAGUUUCAUGUGAAAGUCCGGAAAGUUUAAUUUCAUGCGAUGGCGAAAGAUACAGGCCAGACUCUCCACUGCCGUCGUGGUCAGGGCAAAACUAUAAUCCCAACGCUAAUUUCAGCUCCUGCGAAAUUUCUCCGUACUCUGAAACUGGUAUCCGUAGACAGGUUUGGCCAACAGGGCACCCCUCUUUGUGCUCAUCUUCUGAACAGGAUACUGAAGGAUUGAUGAACCCUCACCUUAACGAGAAUUACUCAAACCAAAGGUCAGCCCAGUCUAGUGACGGUGAGCCCAUUGAUGAAGCCAUUGUCCUGGAGCCAUUGAACCCUUCUAUGUUGUAUAUGCCCACGAAGGACACGCCGUCGCCAAGGUAUAGCUCCCACGUGUCCCAGGAAAAGCUUCAGAAGUUGAUUGAAGAAGCCAAGGCAAACAGUCGAGCGAGCGUUAAAAUUUUGGAUCAAAAUACAAAUUUUGACGUCGAUGGUACUUACCAAGAAAAAGAGACUCAAGAUGUGACCAAUACAUUCAUUGGUGAAUACCUGUAUAAACUGUGGAAGAAUGAAUGUCUUUGUGAUGUCAAAGUGACAGUUGAAGACGUCGAUUUCUUCGUCCACAAGCUUGUGUUGGCAGCUUUCAGCAACGUCUUCUGCCCCUCAACACCGCAGCCGCCGCCUUCUGUGUGCUUCAACGUGCCGUGUUCAACUCCAGACGCAGUCAACCAAAUUUUCAACUACAUCUACACGUCAAGUAUGGAGCUGAAAGACGAUCUUCUGGAGCCGAUUCUCAGUGCUGCCAUCUUUAUGGGGAUCUCGGAAGUGAUUGAAGUCAUCAACGAAAUUUUGAUGAAACCAACUAUGGAAAACUUAGAGCUCUAUAUCAAGGUGAAACGUCGUCAUGGGACCUACGUCAGUCUCGCGACGUUCCCAAAACUUUAUCAGAACCACUUUUUGGAGCUGAUAAGUCAAGAUUCCUUUCUCAACAUGACUAUCACUGAGUUUGAACAAAUCCUCCAAGAUCCAGACGUUUUGGUGACCAGCGAGUUAGACACAAUAAGUGGCAUCGCCAGUUGGGUCAAAUACAAUGCAUGUGAACGGUCUUCCUAUCUGUCCAGGCUGCUCCGAUGUGUUAGUUUCGAGAGCAUCUCGCCCAAGCUGCUGGCCUGCAUAUCAGAACAGUACAGCUAUUUGUUCAACAUACCAGGGGCCCCACAAGUUAUAAGCGAGGCCUUCAAGUUUCAUGCUUUGAAACUAGAGACUCAGUGUGGUAGCUAUCCGCCAACUAGCCCGUGUAAGCCAACCAAGAAACAGAUGAAAGGCCUCAAAACUGGAUGUUUGCAAAACAGUAAAAAGAAAGAUAAGUUACGAAAAGCUAUUUAUUACAGUCCAAACCCUGGAACAACUAGCUGCGCAUGUGAGACAUUCCCAACAGAUUCCAAGCAAAGAAUUGCCGCCAACCAAUCUUGUGGCAAAAUAGACUAUGAAAGUUUCGGCUCGCGCAAACCCUCAGCUCAAAACUUAAAUUCGAGCGCCUCUCAGAACCGGGAGUUCAACGCCGCGAGGUACGACGUCUUUCCGUCCAACUAUUUAAGAAACCUGCCACUCGACGCCUCGCAGCCCUCGGUAUCACACCACGGGAAGCAGUGUACCCCUAGCGGGGCUGUCAUGGCAGCACCUAAAAUACCUCCCGCGGUGUCGAGUAAGCGAAAUGAUAUCAUGAAGCAGCAUCCGGGUAUGGUCUGGCACUCGACGUUGAACGGAGACCGACAGCUGUGGAAGUGUACAGAGGUUCCUCAAAAUGAGCGUGUCUACUCCAAUAAACUGAGGCACCUUAGAAUCACACCAACAGGCCGUCCGGCGUCGAAGCUGCGCAAAAAGAGGUCAGUGCGACAUAGACACAGCCACGGCUUUAAUAACAACGCUGCCGACUUUGGAUUUAUUAUCAAUGCUGCCAUUAUGGAAGAAUCGUGUGCAAAAUUGGAAGAGCAGCUCGACGCAGAUGUCUCAGAGAGCUACAACAUCGAGUCGGUGGCUGGCCUCAAGUCGAACUGCACGAGUCCCAGAUCUAAAGAAGACACAGAAACAUUUGACACCCAAGAGAUCAGCUCACUGGAGACUUGUUGCAAUGCUGAAAAACAGGAGAUAUUAGCAUUUCCACAGGAUGCAUCCCCGCACAGUCUGGUGACGAUCUCUACAAAAGAAAAUAUUCUUCCGAAAAAAGGUUUCACUGGUUUACAAUCAAAACGACUAGUACUAAUUGAAAAUGUCAACUGUUUUCUACCAAUCACAUCUUCAGAAGAUGAACUGGUUGGAUUCUAUGAUACUAAGCAAAAUAUGAAUGUAAUAUAGAAUCAUUUAUUCUCUUAUAACGUAAUUUUAAUAUGAUAUAUAUAUAUCAUAGGAUGGACAUUAGCGGUACUUCGGGAGGGCUUAAUGGGAAAUGUUAUAACAUUAUUUCUCGGCAUCUUCCUACAGACAUAUUUAUUGAGUGCUUAGUUUAAACAUUUGCAUCUCCAAUCAUGAAUGUCUGUUCCUUGGCCACCUAAGUGUCACAAUCAUGAAUGUCUGUUCCUUGGCCAUCUAAGUGUCACAAUCAUGAAUAUAUGUUCCUUGGCCAUCUAAGUGUCACAAUCAUGAAUGUCUGUUCCUUGAUCAUCUGUGUGUCACAAUCAUGAAUGUCUGUUUCUUGGCCAACUAUGAGUCACAGUCAUGAAUAUCUGUUCCUGGGUCAUAUAAGUGUCACAAUCAUAAAUGUCUGUUCCUUGGCCAACUAUGAGUCACAGUCAUGAAUAUCUGUUCCUGGGUCAUAUAAGUGUCACAAUCAUGAAUGUCUGUUCCUUGGCCAACUAUGAAUGUCUAGAAAUGUUAAAAUCUAUCUCUGCCAACAGCGAUGAGAAGGGAAUUGACAUCUUUGACUUUUAAGCAAUGCAACCAAAUAAUAGUUUAUAAUAGUUUUUAUGAACGCUAAGCGUGAUACAAAGACAUGUAUGCUGAUGUUUAGUGAAUGAAUUGUUUCUCUUAUACAUUUUUAUACAUAUCUACUAGUUACUCUCUUUUGCUGCCUUCCUUUACUAACGUGAACAUUUCCAACAGACAGUGUAGCUGUGACGUACACGUCUUCUGUUUCAAACCAGAGUAGAUUUGAGUAGUGGCUAAGUUGGAUCUUAUUGCGACGAAAGAGUUGAAUAAACUGGAAUGAAACAUU